UUAUUAGUUUAGCACACCUGAGCCUGAUUCAAUAAUGAAACCAUAGAUGCCUACUUCAAACGAAACGAGAUUAAAUGUGUAUUUGAAAUGUCUGUUUAACAUAAAUAUCUCAAUAGAAGGUGUGCAUUGGUAGGAAAAUGUUUCGCCUAUACUUCGGAUAUCUGGUGAAUAUCUUUUUUUUUAUCAGUUUGACAAACACCGAAGUGGAAGUUCAGUUAUGAUACUUAAGUGUUAAAAGUAUUCAUAAACACGGGUGACAUGAUUGAUAUAAUAAAAGGCACAUCUACAAUUAGGGAGAACUAUUUAACAUUUUAUUUGGACUAAUGAAAUAUUUCCAUCAGAUUAGACAAGAGAGGAGGUAUUAAUAAUAACUGACAAAGAUUGGUAUGAGGAACUGGUACUGAAAUUGCUUUCACUGCAGGAGAAAACAGGUGGUUUAGAGAUCUAAUUUACAUUUAAUUAGAUAUUCCAGCAGAUAGGAGGGUGUUGGAAGGCACCAAAUCAAGACUCCAAUCUAGCCAUGUGAUUGGUGGAGAGUUUCUCUCAGUAUAAACAUAUCAGAAUGUACUAGGUUUCUCUCCAGUAAGCCGUUUUCUGCUAAUCUACGCAAGAUGUGAACACAACACAGGCACUGAAGGAUUUUAGCACGUUUUGUGUGAAAGGAGAUGAAACUUAGAUAAAAUUCAGCCCAGUUUUUAAGAAGUUCUGUGAGAUAGACAUAAUAAAGUUUAAGUGUUUUAGGAGGAAGAGGUGGAUUUAGAUAAUCAUUCUCUUAAUAAAACAAUAUAGCAAAGUGUUAUAUACCUGUGGAAAAAAUGAAAGAUGAAAAGAAAGAAAAGUGCAGUUAAAGUGUUGAAAAAUAUUUGAAAUAUACUUAUUUUCAAGAGUGUGUCAAGAAUUGAAGAGAAAAGUUUUCUCUAUGUGAUAAUUAAAAUGAUGUAGAUUUUCUAAGACUGAAAAUUUUCUAUAGUUGAAAAUGUUGAUAUAUGUUUUCUAUGGUUGAAAAUCUCAACAACCACUAAGCAUGGGUCUUAGAUUAUUUAGACGGACCAAGACCCUUCUUCUUACAUUUGGAUUAUUUUCAUUAGGCUUUUAUCUAAUUCUUAACACCUUAGCUGUUGAAUUCAGUGCAGAGAGUACUGGUAUGAUAGGAAAACAUCCGAGAGACUUGUCAUUACCGAAAGAGAAAUCCAAACUUCUAAAUGAAUUCCAAGCCAACUUUGUUGUUAAAGGUCAAAGAAAGCCAAAGACAAUGAACUUAGAGGGUGAUGACCACACAGAAGAAAAUCUUGUUUAUGAAAGGAGAAAUAAGAUUGUGAAUGAAAAUAAAAAGAUUCAGAACCAGCCAAGACCUCAGUCUAUAAAAUCAGAUCGGGACACAGUCAAAUUUUUACAAAAGCAUUAUAGACAUGACAAAGCAGAGAAUGGAAAUGCAGAUAAUGGUGGUGAAAAGUUUGAUGAUGAAAAGAUUGAAGAUGACUAUGAAGGAGAGAAUGAUGAUGAUUAUGAUGAUAAUGAUGAAGACUAUGAUGAAGAUAAUGAUGACAUUGAUGAUGAUGAUGAUGCCAACAACAAUGAUGAUGACAAUGAUGACUAUGAUUAUGAUGAUGCCACUAAUGCACCUUUCAAACCUGGUGACUUCGGAGAUAUUAGGGGACUUGAGUAUUAUAAAAAACCAAAAUUAAAAUAUGCUGAAGUUGAUGCUGUUCAAAAUCAUAACCCUGAUGACAAUGAUGUAUUAAAACAUUUGGAUAAUGAAGCAGUGAAGGCAGAAGAAAAACCUCAGAAAGUCUUAACAAAUGGAAUGUUUUGGUCAGAGUAUGUGGAAUCAUUAUUACCAAAGGGUCUUUCCUAUUCCAAUGUAACUAGAUUUAUGAAGAGUUUGAGAGGACAAGUGGUGAACACUUUAGAAAAACCGAGCUGGGACAAAUGUGGUCGGCCAUUGAACGGAUAUGCUGUACUUAGUGAUGGUACAAGGAUGUGUGCCAGAUAUAGACAAUCUUAUUCUUCCUUUGUUUAUGGAGAAGCUUUGUCGUUUUAUCUGUCACGACUCCUGAGAAUGGACAAUGUGCCUGCUGUUAUACUUUCCAAGACCAAUGCUACCUCCACAAUGUGGAGAGCUGUAAAUAUCAGCUCUUUAACCUGGAAGGAGGAUAAGGUGGUUGCACUCAUACAAUGGAUUGAUGACAUAAAUUCAGGAUCAGGUUCCAGGGCCUACAUUCCACCAGUCAUAUUAGAAGCUUACAGAAAAGGCACACCUGUAACAAGUCACGUGAUUAAUACAUCCAACCUUCCUAGCCAAAGCCCUGCCCACAUUGCUGAAGUUGUCCAAUGGGGAACGAUGAUAGUGUUUGAUUUUCUAACAGGAAAUUAUGACAGAGUUGCCAGUAUGCAAGAUGCGGAGGAACGCGAAAAGAACCCAAAGAUCAUAGAGGAACCUAUACGAAACCUUCGGAAAUCAUCACAGGAUGGAAAAUUAUGGCUCAUAGACAAUGAGAGCGGACUUUUUGAUGCCUAUGAACUGCUCGAGCCAUACCAUCCAAAUUCUCGUUUUACGACAUUCCAUAACAAAAUGUUACGAACAAUGUGUGUAUUCCAGUCGUCUCUAGUCAAAGCAUUAAAACUUCUUUCUUCGCAUGCGUCACCACAUAAAAGACUUCUGAAUUUCUCGCGCUCUUUUGAGCCAUUGAUAGAUUUUUUACCAAAAGACAAUCUUUACUCACAGUUUGCAGAAAUGUUUGAUAAAAGACUUGCUUUUGUGAUUGAAUGGAUAAAACGGUGUGAAAAUACAAAUACGGAGUAGUUAGAUCCUGUAAAUUACUGUAACUUGCACUUUUCUGUGGUGGACAAAUGCCAAUGUUUUUGCCCAGAACCAGACAUUUUGAUUCUCAGGAGAAUGGAAGCAAAUAUAAAAUGCUGGAACCAAAGUUUUUCAGUGUAUGAGACUCCCAUUGUAACACCCACAUACUACAAUAACCCCUAGUGGAACUAAAUUUUUCAUUUUGUGAGCAUUAAAUUUAACUUUAAUUUAAAACUUGUAUACAACACAAUUAAUGAUAUUGUUAUUGAAUUUAUGAUCAGCAGCCUAAGAGGGAUUAUUUUUUCCGCCAGAAAGAGGCACAUGUUGUAAGGGUAAGGGGCAAGGGGCAUUUAUAUUAAAGCGACUUUGUAAUAGAUGUAAUGAUUAAUUGUUUAUCUAAGUUCAAAGAAUUUCUAUAAAAUAAGCAUAUAAUUAUACUUAAAUGCUACUUAUUAUAGGAAUACAAGGUUUACUAAAAUCAAUUUUAAAACAUUUUCAAUCAGAAAAAUUUUAAGCUAAAAACUGUCAAAGAAUAACCAAAAAUUUAAGAUUAAUAUCAAGUUCUCUAUGGGUUUUUUUUGAUAAUAAUUAACCUAUACAGGCUUGAGACUAUAUAAGUUGUUCAAAAGCAGCUACAUGUAACAUGGACAUGCCUUGAAGAAAUAUAUUAACCCUUAGCCUGCUGGGGGCCAACAGUUUUCUACCCAUGUAAUCAAUCCAACACAUUUGUCAGCUCUGAGCUGAUCAUAGUAUACACUGUUUGCUUUUAACUCAAUACAUAUUUUGAAAUUCUCCCUUAAAAUGACAAUAGUUUGGUCCAGAUAGAAAGAUGGAUGAGUCCAUUUAAGAUAUUAAGCAUGGUAGGAGAUAUUAUCCUGAGAAUCAAAGCUUACCAUCAGUAUUUUAUCAUUACAUUCUGUACCAAAAAUGUUAAGGUGCCAAACGUCUUUCUUUUAUAAUGACAACUAUUAUCAUUAUGAUUGUAAAUUAUCAUUAUUGUAUUUACUAUUUUGAUUAUCAUUGUUAUUAUCAUUAUCACCAUUAUCUUUCUCAUCAUUAUUAUUAUUAUUAACAUUAUUAUUAUUAUUAUCAUUGUUAUCAUCAUUUCCAUUAUUUUUUAUCAAUAUCUUUA